AUGUUGUGUUCGGCAUUUAAAAAAAAUAUUUCUAUCCGUUGAAUGUUUGAAAACAACUUUUUUGUUAGUUUCCGUCGUUUGCUGGUCCCAGCAGGUUUUUUCCCGGCAUAAUUUUUUGUUAGUGGGUAGAUAUUCACCAUCUGAUUUUAGUGCUAGUAAGUAGACAUACCCACCAUCUCAUAUAAUACAUACAGCGUACAGAUGUCUGAUUCCCCAAGGAGUGCUGAUGGAGAGGUUAGCAAGCGAGCCCCUGAAUUAUACGAUGAUGGAGACGAUUCACUGAGAAAGAAGUCGAGGUACGACAGGGCUAACGAGAAGACCGAAGUCAGAAUUCUCAUCCCUAGUUGGAUUAGUGGAUCGGUGAUUGGAAAAGGUGGAGAUAACAUCAGAAGAUUAAGAUCUACGUACAAAUCAGGAAUUUCUCUUCCAGAUUCCAGGGGUCCAGAAAGGCUUGUUGUGAUGACCUCUGAGAUUGGAAACAUUUGUGAUGCCCUGGAAGACAUAUUGCCAACCUUAACUAAGCAACUGGACAAAAGCAACACAGAGGACCACCAUGAACUGCGUCUACUCAUUCAUCAGAGCCACGCCGGUCGCAUCAUCGGGAAAGGUGGCACCAUCAUCAAACAACUUAGAGAUGAUACAGGAGCUCAGGUGAGGAUACACGUCGUUGUAUGCCCAAACUCGUCCGAUCGCAUCAUCCAAAUCAACGGCUCAGCACAUCAGAUCAGUUCAUGCGUAGAGGCAAUCUACAAACUCAUAUCCGGGUCGUUUCCAAAAGGCCCACAAAUGCCAUACAACCCUGACUACUACGACAUCUCCCUGGCCAGCAAGUAUGGAGGAUACGAAGAAGAGAGAGGUGGAGGCAUGGGUAAGGGUAAGAUGAGAGAUAGGGAGGAAAAGGGGGAGAAGGAUAGCCCACAUGCUAAUACUGCUGCCAGUUCACAGAGCAGAGGUUCAGUCAGAAAGAAUCAGUCGGAUGACAGGCAUGCAAAAGACCAACAACCACAACAACAUCAAUCCCAACAACAUCAACAACACCAGCAACAGCAACCUUACAACAACAAGCAGCAAACAUCUGACGACAAUCAACCACCACACUUUCCAAGAGAUGUAUCACAAGUCAGCAUACCGAAAUCUUUAGCUGGCGCCAUUCUAGGGAAGGGAGGCAGUCGUAUCAAGCAGGUGCAACAGGAGUCUGGAACGAGAAUCAAGAUGGAUGAGGCCAGUGUAGACUCUGACGACCGCAUCAUCACCAUUGUAGGCACUCCGGAGCAGAUAAUGUAUGCACAAUAUUUACUACAGAUGAUGGUGAAGAAAUACGCCAACAACGGAGGGAAAACAGCGUAAUUGAACUGACGGCAGGAACCGCCUCCUACAUCACGGGACGAGACGUCAAAACGAAACAUCAAAACUAAUUCUCAAUCCAUCAUCAUCAUACAUACAUACAUAAAUCUACCACCGUUCGUUAAACCAUCUCGUUAAUCUUCUUUUUUUUUUUAGAUCCGCACAACCUUCUAUCUAUCAUUACAUGAGUAUGUGUAUGUGUGUAUGUAUGUAUGUGUGUAUGUACAUGUACAAACAUGAUUAACAUUUAUGGUAUAAUAAAUACAGUCGGACCUCCGUACGGCGAAAUUGAUGAUUUCAGCAUAUAAAUUCGUUUUAUAGAAAUUUCGUUAUAUAUAAUUUUAGUAAAAAAUUCUAUACUUCUUAAAAAGCACUUAUAUACUAUAUAGUUAUAAAUACAAUCUCUAAAUCAUUUAUUCUUAUGAUAGGAAAUAUAGUAUAGUAUAGUUGCAAACAUUUAAAAAAAAACAAAAUUAUGCGUACUAUGUAUACUAACAUGAUAUGUAUAUAGCAAAAAGCUUAAUAGGUGAAAUAGUAUUGUAGAAAUGAAACUUACAGCUUACUAUGUUCAACAAUUUUUUUUUUAAUUUUUAAAUAUUUCUUUUAACUUUUAUAAAUUUUCUUCCUUAUAGAGAAAUUAUUUUCGUUCUGCGGAAAGAGUUUUAUAUGCGAAAUGCCAAGGGACAUAAAAAAUUUCGUUAUAUUUUGAUUUCCGUUAUAUAGAAGUUCGUUAUAAGGAGGUCCGACUGCGUAUGAUGCUGCAAAAGCUAAGCGACGCAAGAUUUCUAGUAUAAAUGAUAUUUUUUUCAAAAGUUAAACGAUGUAAUAACAUGUAAGACCAUGAUCCAACAUUAUAUACAUAUAUCUUAAUAUAUUAUAUGUUGAGUAAACACAUAUAACAUACACUGAUAACGAAACCAGGUAGCAACCAAACAAACACGCACCUUACGUAUCAUCCACCUACCUUCAUAACUGUCAAAUAAUAUUACCAUUGUAAAAUAAUGUAAAGAAAUUACUAAGAUAAUGAUAUCAAUUGGUUGCGGUGACAAGACGAUGACGCCAAUGAGAUAGGUGAUGGAUUGUUUGACGGUUCCGAUUUAUUUUUUGACCUCGUUAAAAUGAUCGACUGGUCAAUGAAAGAAUAAUAAAAUACCCAACAAACAAAAAUCUAUCAAACAAAAAUAAGCUUCUGAGACAUAAUUUUUCAAUGCAAUUAACACACACACACACACUUACAGUCGCACGCAGUUAGAUUCAUAUAAACAAAUGUAUUUUCAGUAGUCUAUAUAAAAUUAAGCACUGCUUACAACAAACAUAUAAGGGCUGUAUGCAUGAUUUUAACAACAAAUAUAAAUCGAAAAGUUAGCAUGUAUACACACAAUUGUAUUCCAAACCGACUAAUGUACAGUCGUCAAUGUUGACAUAACUAACUAAACUACUAUUAAUAAAAUUUAAUGACGGUAGACCAAAUUUCCCAAAGCUUGAACAAUUGCAACACUCGUAACGUCUAUGAAGAAAUUGUUGAAAGAAACCAUUACAAAUUUUGCACUUAAAUGACAUAGCUAUGACGCCGAAAAAGGUUUGCUGGAUUGGAAGAUAAUUCUUGUAUAUGCAGCUAAUACUAUUUAGUAUUAGUAUUACUAUUCCUUUGUGUGUGUAUGUGUAAAUAUAAUAGCCAUGUAUGUAUAUUUCUACAUAUUGUUCAUGUUUAUUUGAUUUUACUGAAAAGUAUUAAAAUUUAUAUUUCUAAAUAUAAUGCUGACAGUACACGUAUGUGAAUGUAGUAAAAUAAUAAAUGGUAAUGAAAACGUCUUUGUUGUUGUUAACAGUGAAGUGUUGUUUCCCCUGAGGCAUUCAACAAUUCAGUAGAAGU